CUUUGUGAUAUUUGGUCACAUAAUUUUACGGCACUAUUGUUUGAAAUGUCACUUUUAUCCCGUGACACUAUAAAGCCCGGCGCUGAAAAAGCAAUUUCUUAUGAAAUUUACUCGGCUAAUCAGGAACAUUCUGAUGAAUCAAUGAAAUAA